AUGGUUGUAUUCCCUCAUUAUUCGUCAAUACUCCUGAUUCUACUGGUGAGUGUGACGAUAUGUUGCACUCAGGAGCUCAGUGGACAGAUGUGCACUUAUUAUGUAACGGGAGUAGAAACUGCUGAAGUGUUUAGAACAACAAUUUCGCAUGACUGUGCAGACGGACAACUUGAAUGUGAAGUUACAAAGUCUACCCUUCAGUAUCGUCAGCAUCAAAUAAAGAAAAACCGAUGUUGUAAAGGUUGGAUUCAAACCGGGAACAACUGCUCACUCCCGUGCACAGAUAACACGUUUGGAUUAAAUUGCUCAGAAACUUGCAAUUGUACAUCUGACAAUACCUUCUGUAGCCCAGUCAGAGGUUGUCAAUGUGAGGAUGGCUGGAAAGAACCAAACUGCAGUUCACCAUGUGAUCAUGGCUCUUUUGGAUAUGCCUGCCAGAAGAAUUGCACCUGUCUAAACGAUGCGCCUUGUGAUCCUGUAAGUGGGUCGUGUAACUGCACUCCUGGUUGGAUAGGGUCAUACUGCAACGUCAAAUGUCCAGCUGGUCGCUAUGGUAAUGACUGUCGUGAGAAUUGUAGUUGUCUAGAAGGAGCUGUAUGUGAUCCAGUUAAUGGAAGUUGUUCUUGUCAGCCCGAUAGGAUCGGUCCUAACUGCACUCUCCUUGAAGAGUCUACAACUCAUCAAAAGAAAGUCUUGCAAGAAAGUUACCCUCCAGGAAGUGGCAGUACUGUUGGUUCCCCAAAACUUGCAUUGGUUGCCGUUUCCGGCGUUAGUUUUGCUGUUGGAAUAGCAAUUGGGUUAAUCAUUUGUGUAUCAUACAAACGAUACAGGAGUUCCAUGUCCAUGCGAGCCAGUAUAGAAGGCGUCACUGAUGCUCAACAAGAAACCGAUGGUCGAGGUCGGAACAGAGGUGCUACUCAGUCUGGACUCCAAAUUGCAGAAUCUGGAGCUUUGCUAGUUUCAACUGAAAGUUCAAAACAGCCUGAAAGCGCAACUAGCACCGAAAACACGGACGUUGCGCACAUGUAUGAAACAACUAUCACGCAGUCUGAUGACAGAACGAGGAACCUACUAAAGGGGGCGCCCUCAAGUGUCUCCCAUAAUCUCAAAGAUCACUCAAAGGUUCCGCCUCCCACAGCUAACACCUCAUAUGCCGAGGAUGAAGAUGCAUACUGUGACAUGGGAG